AUGGCAGCGAACGUAGCGAUGGAGCUCUUUGCCAAGGUCGCGAGCCUCCUCGUGGGCCGCUUCACAGUCUCGUUUGAGAACGAACUGCGCUUCAUGGCGGAAAUGACGGGCUCGGCCGCCGCCCACGCGAUGCGCGUCGACAACGUGCCGCAGCAAGUCGUGCGCACGGCGACGACCGCCCUCUCGCGCCUCUAA